GUCAAUCUCUUUCAGGUGUUUUUGUUAGCUACGUUAAUGUUGAUUUUAUUCGCAAAUGAUAAUAAACUAGUAGAACUAGUCAAUCAAAGUUCCAGCAUAUUUUGGUCGAAUGAAUGCAGUUAUUGGACUAUGUCAUUUUUGCGAAGCCCAUGGCCCUCGACCACUUUUUUGCACAUUUACAACAGAUGAUGAGAAUCACACGAAAGAAUCCUCAAAACAAGCAGUGAAAUGCACGGGCUGCACCUCCCUUGGUCCAGAGACGAUACUCGUGUCAAAGGAUGAUGAUGGAACAUUUUUUUGCAGUAGAGAAUCAGUGUUAAAUGCUGAUGUUACAGCUUUUUUGCGCCAGGCUGCUAUAAGAAGUAUUACUUGUGAAGUUAGUUGGAGUAAAGAAGGUGGAGUUGUAUACUUCAGUGACACUCAAGGACAUGUGCUAAGCUUGAAUUUCCAGAUAAAAGAUACAAGGGCACGUGGCUUGAAGCGCUGGUUCUCUGUCGUAGUACUCAUGAAAGACAAAAUGUUAUUACAUAAUAUAACUCCAGUUCUAUCAGAACAUAUGCAGAAAAUAGCAAAAGAGCUGCAGGAAUUAGCUGAAAUAGUAUUUGAUAAUGAACAAAAAGUUUGCACACAAAGAGCACUAAGACUCCGAACUGGACGAAACGAUUUUGGACAAUCAAGAUCACUGAAACAACUGACAGGUGAUGAAGAUGUUUUUAUAAGGUUACAUUCUCAUUUCUCAUGGAUGCUUAAAGCAGGAGGGCUAACAUAUUCGGAAACUCUCCACACAAGUCAUGAUAUGCUCAAGAAACUUAAUCCUGAAACCACCAAGAAUUCCAUUUUCAGUGCCAAUGCCUGUAAUGUGCCAAGUGAUGAUGAAUGUAUACCCUUAAGGUUUUUGGAAAACAUGUUAUCUAAAUCUGUAUUUCAGAUAUUAUUAUAUUGCACACUUACAAGAAUAAAUAUUAUUGUGAGGUCAGAUUGUGACCAAGCAGAUAAUAUUGUAAAAGCAAUAAACAGGUUAACACCUAUGAAUUUAAAUAGUCCAAAUGUUACAGUUUGUAGUGAUAAUGAGCAGCUCACACCUACUGAUAACAUUUGUAUAGUGGAAGGUGCAGAGAAUAAUUACAGCUGCAUAUGGACUGGAGUCCUACCAAGUAAAUGUCCUACUUUAAUGACCCGAAUAGAAAAUGCUAUAAAUAAUUCAAAAUUCAAUGAUACAGUCCUCCACCAACAUGUAAAAUCAUUACUACUGGAAUGGUUGGGGAUAGUGAAAGCGGUAAAAUCAGCAAUAGAUGCUUCGGGACCUACUUCAGAUGCAGUGGUGAACCUAAAAAAAGUAUUUGGUGUUACACCCCAAGAUGAUGUAUUAGUAAAAAGCUGGGUCAGAGCUUUUUGCACAUAAUGUUUCAUAGUAGGUAGAUAAGUAAUAAAUCUGUGAUAUGCUAAUGAAUGUUUUGUCAUUCUUUAACAAUUUGGUGUGUCUGUUGUCUC